UAAGAAUUUGGACGGACUCCACAGGAAGGUUUUACAGAGCACUUAAUCAAGUACUCCGGAGGUUACAUUUCAGGAAAGCUCUCUUGGAUCCAAGAUAAAGGCGGGGUGUAAAAAGCGAAAACAAGAGCCGCCUGAGUCAGACAGAGGUCCUUUGGAAUCCUCCUCACUCAAGACUGCGCCUCUCCCAGCUGAGACAGCUUGGUGCCAUGGCUCUGGAGCAGAACCAGUCAAUGGAAUACUACUAUGAGGAAAACAUAAUGAAUGAUACUUAUGACUACAGCCAGUAUGAAUCAGUCUGCAUCAAAGAAGAGGUCAGGCAGUUUGCAAAAGUCUUCCUCCCUGCCUUCUUCACGAUAGCCUUUAUUAUUGGACUGGCAGGAAAUUCCAUAGUUGUGGCAAUUUAUGCCUAUUACAAGAAACAGAGGACCAAGACAGAUGUGUACAUCCUGAAUCUGGCUGUGGCAGACUUAUUGCUUCUGGUCACGUUGCCUUUCUGGGCAGUUAAUGCAGUUCAUGGGUGGAUUCUAGGGAAAAUAAUGUGCAAAGUAACUUCAGCCCUGUACACGGUAAACUUUGUCUCUGGGAUGCAGUUCCUGGCCUGUAUCAGCAUUGACAGAUACUGGGCAAUCACUAAGGCCCCCAGCCAAUCAGGUGUGGGGAGACCCUGCUGGAUCAUCUGUUGCUGUGUGUGGAUGGCUGCUAUCUUGCUGAGCAUACCCCAGCUGGUUUUUUAUACUGUGAACCAGAAUGCCAAGUGCACUCCCAUUUUUCCCCACCACCUCGGAACAUCCCUGAAAGCAUCCAUUCAGAUGCUGGAAAUCUGCAUCGGCUUUGUGGUUCCCUUCCUUAUCAUGGGGGUGUGCUAUGCCAUCACUGCCAGGACACUCAUCAAGAUGCCGAACAUUAAAAAGUCUCGCCCUCUCAAGGUUCUGCUCACAGUGGUAGUAGUUUUCAUUGUCACCCAGCUGCCGUACAACAUUGUCAAGUUCUGCCAAGCCAUAGAUGCCAUCUACUUGCUGAUCACCAGCUGUGACAUGAGCAAGCGCAUGGAUGUUGCCAUCCAGGUCACAGAGAGCAUCGCACUCUCCCACAGCUGCCUCAACCCCGUCCUGUAUGUCUUCAUGGGGGCCUCUUUCAAAAACUAUAUCACGAAAGUGGCCAAGAAAUAUGGAUCGUGGAGAAGACAGAGACAGAACGUGGAGGAGUUUCCUUUUGACUCUGAGGGUCCUACAGAGCCAACCAGUUCCUUUACCAUUUAAAUAUAAAAUUGCUCUCUGCUUGUUGCUUGGACACACGAGAGAUGCUUCUUCCUCAGAUAAACUAUUUGUGUUACACUGAGACUCAAAUGUCAAACACUAGACUGUUGUUGCGAUGUGUAACAAAGAAGGAGCAAGGGGUGUGGGUAUGAGGAACACAGACGCCAGAGAGUAAACAACAAACGGCAAAACGCGGAAAUUCAAGUUAAUGACAGGAAAACAGCAUGGCAGAACGGCAUUGUGCUAUAAGCAGGAAGCCUUUGUGGUGGUGGGCUGUUUCGCAUCUUGACUGCAGUGGUGGCUACUCAAAUCUAGCUGUGCCCCUCGUGACUUUGAUAGCAACUGUAAUUAUGUAAUAUAAAACCUUGGCUAAUGAGCACCCGAGACCAUGCCGUGUGAUAAGUCACUGGGUAAGGAGCACCCAAGACCAUCCUGUACUGUCUUUGUAACUUCCUGUGAGUAGACAGCAACUUAAAAAUAAAAAGUUA